AUGUUAUACUGGUUCGACAUGGAAUUUCACGAUGAUUAUGAAAAAUAUAGUCAAACUUGGAGAUUUUGGAAAAUUCAUUAUAACUUGUAUGGGUCCUUUAAGAACUCGAAAAAUUGAAUUGCUCAGGUUAUACUGAAUAUGAGUAUCAUUAAACGCCAAAUUUCACGCUGAACAAAGCUAUCACAUUCAUUCCUCAUGAAAAAUCACGCGCUGUUCCAAAAUACACAAACAAAAAUCAAAAGCACAUGUAAAUUAACGUCAAUCAAAAAUAGACCUUCUUAUCAAUUUUUUGCUAUAUUUGGUCAAACGGAAAAAAGAAACGAAAUGUACGCAAAAUAUCAAAAAUCACGAAUUUUUGUCACCCCACGUAACACAUUGUGUGCUCAAAGUUCAAAAGAAAUUCGAGACAGAUUUCGUGUGACUAUAAUAUGAGCAAUGCGUGUUUUAGAAAAGGACCAUAAAUAUGAUAUUUUUGAUCAGCUCGAAAUUCUGGUUUAAAUGUGCCCCAUAUUUCGUAUAAUAUGAGCAAUGUGUAUUUUCGAAUUCUUAAAGGACCUCAACAGGCAAUAAUGAAAUUUUUACCCAGAAUUUCGAGCCGAUCACAAAUUUCUCAAAAAAUUUGGCGAUCAAACCGCCAAAAACGUACACAUUGACGUCAUAAGGAAAGGGUUAAAAAAGAUUAUAAUUUGUUUCGCGUGCUGAACAUUUCAUAAGUAUACUUGAGCCCUUUUUUCCAAAAAAAAUAGAAUAAGAGGUCCAAAAAUAGCCUGAAAAUUGAAAAAUUACACAAAAACAAAUGUAAUUUUGGGACGCGAAUUGAAUCAAUUAAAUUUUCAAAAAUUAAAAACCUUUUAUUCUCAAUUAAUUCGAAAAAAUAGAAUUGUCCGAGAGAAGUACACAGAAAAAUAUGAUAUGAAAUGGGGAAAUAAAAAUCAAUUGGUUCUUCUUAUCAGUCAGUGUAAAGUGACAAAUUGUUUUAUUUAUUUGGUUCGGCGCGAACAUUUUUGACUCCGCCCCCAAAAAUCCCAAUCGACACGUGAUAUCUUGAAAAAUAUCCGUUUUCUUCGUGUUCAGCUUGAAAUUCGGCGUCGAAUGAGUAUAAUAUGAGCAAUCCUGUUUUUUGACUCUUUAAAGGGCGCACACAGGUUAAAAAAUUCAUAUUGCUCAUAUUAUUCUCAUUCGACGAGGAAUUUCGAGCUGAACAAGGAACUCAACAGUAAAUAAUUUAAAAAUUAAUUUCAGGUGGCUCCGACAACACCCGAAAAUCCUCUCGCUCCCCUGGAAACCCGCGAUCAAAAGAUCGGAGAAAUCAAAUGCGAUCGAUGUUUUGUGCAGUGGAGUUUUGGGAAAUGAGGUAAUGUUUUUUUCUUUUCUUGACUGAGUAUCAAACGUACGCAGCGAAAUUUGCAGAUCUCGCUAGAUCAAUGGCAACAAAACUUCAACGAACCCGUGGAUCCGCUUUCGGAAGAGGAGCGAAAACGUUGGCUGAAACAGCAGUCGGGUGUGGUGAUGAGUAGCGAUGCAUUUUUGCCGUUUAGAGAUAAUGUGGAUUGCGCUAAACAGGUGAGGAUGGUUAUGACGUGGCAAAUUUGGUGUCGUUGGGUAGAGGCUCAAGAAGGGCUUUAAAAUGAGACCCAACAUGAUCAAAGUUUUCUAGAUAUGGGGUCUGAAAUUCUAGAAGUGUUUGGUGUCAUUAGAAUCAUCUUAACACGGUCUUUCAGAUGAUCCUAAACACCACGUGGCGAAAUUGAAAUUUUCAGAACCCCAUAGAAAUAUCGCGCAAAAGAUGAGCAAGGUUGCUCUGAUGAACAUUUUUGAAAAUUCGAUUUUUGCAGUGGAGCGCACUUGCUUUUUUUUAAAACAAAAUUGCUCAUGUUUGGUCUUAUUUCAGAGCAAAUCCCCUCCCAAAUCCAGAACAAUUAAUACUUUUUCAAAAUUCUAAUUCAGGGCGACCUAAAUUUCACUCAAAAUUCAAAAAUUGCUCAUGUUUGAUAUCAUUCUGGAGCAAAAAUCCCUUCGAAUCCCAAAAAACAAAACUUUUUUCAAAAUUUAAAUUCCAGUACGGCGUCUCAUACGUGGCACAUCCGGGCGGUUCAGUUCGCGAUGCCGAAAUUCAAGAGGCUUGUGAUGAGCACGCAAUUACACUUAUUCAUACCGGCGUUCGACUUUUCCAUCAUUAA